AGAGAUUUAACAACACAGACAAAGAAUGAAAUAUAAGAUUUAGAUAAAAGUAACUCAAUUCAUUUAUAUAUUCGCCUUUCAUACAAAUUGACAAAUAGAAGUUGAUUCCCAGUGACACACAAUUAAAUAUGAAUUGCGCCUACUAUCAUUCAGCUACCAAACCAUAUUCCAACUUCGUUAUGGCUGAAUCAUUAUGUUAUUACCAAAACUAAAAUGAAUUUGAAUUUCAAAAAAAAAGCACUAUGAAGAAAAAUUUCAAAAAUACCCUUGCAAAAAAACAUCUGAGUUAUAUAUAUUUAUUGUAAUUUACUAAAUAUAUUUAUUAUUAUCAACAAAUUUGUCAAAAAACACCGUUUAAUGAAACAUUUAUAUUUUCCCUAUCAUUUAUUAAUUUAUCAAAAUAAGUUCAAUUAUAGUUUAGGUUUGUUAGUUUGGCAACUUUGUUUAAAUCUAAAUUAGCUUGA